UGCAAUUGUUCUGAGAGUUCGAUGUGCUGCAUCUCUUGGGCUGAGUUCCAUGACACACUGGAGACAGAACGCACAACGGGGAAACAAACGGAGAUUUGAUUUGUGCUGGCGCUCGCCAUGGCAGAGAAGAGCAGGUCUCCACGACGUGAGAAGCAUCUAUGGGUCAAAGUGAAAGGCGGUGUGAGACCCACCAAGAUCAGUAUAACAGAGUUGCACGAUGUGGAUGACCUGCUGAAGGCAGUCAAGGCGGAAGUUCACCCAGAGCUGGAUUCACGGGGAGUGAACACGCUUCAGCUUUUUCAGAGUGAAGAGGCAAAAGAUGGUGGCUCCGAAGCACUUCGGGCAGACCUUCGAGUUGCUGAAAUCGCAGGAGGUGAAGACAUGAAAAAACCUUUGUACGUUUCCUUCCCUGAUGCUGAAGUGGCUACAGCUUCACAGGCAAGUGAGUGGUACAACGUCACUGGUGUCCUUUCGGGGUGGGGCAGACAGUUCGGUGCUCGCAGAGGGCUGUUUCACAAUGCUGCGCAAGCUGAAGCACGGGGUGCCCCAGACAAAUGUAUUGUCCACAUGGGCGAUGGUAACAUCCAGCUCAACUUAUGGUUCCAGUCAGAAGGGCAGCUCCAAAAAUUUGAUGCUGCUCUGGCUGUCAGUGCAGAGGUGUUUGGCAACCAUACCAUGAAACUAGAGAGGAAGAAGGCAUCACCCCCAACACCACACCCUGCAUCCGUCUUUGCCUCGGACUACAACAGAAAUCCAGAUAGCCCAGAGCAGCGCGCCAAGUCAGAUUCAGGUGCAGGGGCAACUGUGGCAUCUGGUAUGCGCAAGAGGUUGGAGAACCAGCGGGUAGCCGUAACUAGCGAGAUGACGUACAAAAACAUGCGCAUCAUUCCAGUGGCCCUUUUGCAAGACAACCGCAAGCUCACUAAGAAUCCAAAGUGGGACAAGAAUGGGAACAAAGUGAAACAAAGUGGGAACAACGACCCCAAAGUGGGACAAGAAUGGAAACAAAGUGGGAACAAAGUGGGGACAAGAACCCUAAAGUGGGCCAAGAACGGGAACAAAGUGGGAACCAGAAAUCCAAAGUGGGACAAGAAUGGGAACAAGAACCCCAAAGUGGGGCCAGAAUGGAAACAAAGUGGGAACAGAGUGGGAACGAGAAUUGCAAAGUGGGACAAAUAUGGAAAGUGGGACAAGAAUGGGAACCAA